AUGGCUGAGACCGCCAGCCUGGCCAGCGUUUGCACGACUAGCCAUGUGAAGUCAUACCUGCUCGCGAGCGAAGACAUCGAGGGGUUGAAGAUCGACCCGUCUUCAGUCACUGCACACGCGGUCUACAACGCUGCCACCGCUGGCUUCUACUUCUAUCCGGCGGCUUCCUACGACUACUGCAACGUGACGCUUGCGUACACGCGUCCGGGCAGCGAGACUCCCAUCCAGCUUGAACUCUGGAUGCCCGCCCCCGACAAAUUUCAGCACCGCUGGCUGACGACCGGGGGUGGUGGAUUUGCCAUCAACGAGGGUGAGAAGGAAGGAAGCAGCUAUCUCCCCGGGGGUGUGCAGUACGGCGCCGCCACGGGCCUGACGGACGGAGGCUUCGGGAGCUUCGAGACGCAGGUGGACGCCGUCUUUCUGAAAGCCAACGGUACCAUCAAUUACGAGGCACUGUACUCUUUCGGCUACCUGGCCAUCCACGAGUUAAGCGUGGUGGGCAAGGCCUUCAGCCGUCAUUUCUAUGACGUCGUCCAGGACUCCAAGAUCUAUGCCUAUUACCAAGGCUGCUCGGAAGGGGGCCGUGACGGUUGGAGUCAGGCCCAGCGCUAUGCCGAGCAAUUCGAUGGGCUGGUAAUUGGGGCACCUGCGAUGCGGUAUGGCCAGCAGCAGGUCAAUCACCUCUACCCAGACGUGGUGGAGCAGACCAUCGGCUACUAUCCUCCGCCCUGUGAGCUGGAGAAAAUCGUCAACCUGACCAUCGCCGCGUGCGAUGGCCUGGACGGGCGGGUUGACGGCGUGGUCUCUCGCACCGAUUUGUGCCAGCUGCAUUUCGAUAUGAACUCGACCGUCGGGGCGCCGUAUUCCUGUCCCGCAUCCAUCACAACUCGAACGCUGAAGAAGCGGGCCUCGAUCACCGCCUCAACGCCGGCGCAGAAUGGCACCGUGUCUGUGCUGGGCGCCGCUGCGGCCAGCAAGAUGCUUGAGGGGCUUCACACUCUCGAUGGCCGUCGUGCAUACAUCUGGUACCAAAUUUCUUCCACCUUCGACGAUGCCGCCACGCAGUACAACUCCGAGACCGGGGAAUGGGAGCUGGAGAUCAACUCCUUCGGUGGGGAGUGGGUGGCGCGCUUCCUGGAACUCCGCGACGCAGACAACCUCUCGACCUUGGCGAAUGUCACCUACGACACCUUGGCCGAGUGGAUGGAGCUCGGCUGGAAGCGCUACGAGGAUGUCCUACAGACUACCUGGCCGGAUCUCACCCCCUUCCACUCCGCAGGCGGCAAGAUCAUCCAUGUGCACGGAGAGUCGGACCCGAGUAUCCCCGCUGGUUCCUCGGUACACUAUCACGAAUCCGUGCGACAGACGAUGUAUGCGAACAUGUCGUUCAACGAGAGUUCAGCCAAAUUGAACGAAUGGAACCGUCUCUUCCUAGUUCCGGGAGCAGCGCACUGCGCUACGAGUGACACGCAGCCGAACGGGCCAUUCCCGCAGACAACCUUAGAGACUCUGAUCGAAUGGGUUGAGGGGGAUGUGUUUCCCACGCGCCUGAACGCUACCGUUCUAUCCGAAGAGCGCAAGGGCGAGCAGCAUCAGUUGUGUGCUUGGCCUUUGCGGCCGCUGUGGAAGAACAACGGGACGACGAUGGACUGUGUCUUUGAUGAAGCGUCGUAUGCUACUUGGGUAUAUGACUUUGAUGCAUACAAGGUUCCUCUUUAUUAG